CGGGCGGGCCGUCGGGUGGAGGGCGGACACUUGUUGCCCGGAGGAGGAGGCGCGGGUCGCGGCGUCCAGGUCCCGGCCGGCUCGGGGCAGCCUCUCCAGCCAGGGCCGCUGGCGGGGCCGAGAGGCGACCUUCAGGGUCUCGGCGACGUCCCCGGCCGCCCCGCGACGGUCCGCUCCUAGCCGGGCGGGGGCGGGGGCGCACUCCCCGAGGGUCCUGGGUCCCUGAGCACCUGCCGGGCCGCGCGCGCACGGGGCGCAGGGGCUCUCAGCGCCUCGCCUUUGACCAUGGCUGGUCACCGCCUCCUAGGGACGCCCGUGCCCCCGGGUGUCUACUCGGUGGGGAUAGUAGGGUGGGGGAAAUGAAGUAAGGGACAGUCAGGGAUGAACUGGCACGUGGAGUGGUCGGGAGCUCACACUGCCACCCCGGGGCAAGUACCGUCGCUCUGCACUUACUCCUUUGGGGAAGGGGCUCCCCCCUCAUUCAUAGGGAGCAGGAAACAGACGUGGAGCGGCGACGUGACUCACUGUUCAUAAAUAGGACAACGUCUCUGCAUUCUCAAUCUGCACUAUUGGAAGAAACGCCAAUGUUUGGGCCAAAUUCGAAUCCCUCUUUAGGACAUAUGACAAGGAUAUCACCUUCCAGUAUUUUAAGAGCUUCAAACGAGUCCGAAUAAACUUCAGUAACCCCUUAUCAGCUGCGGACGCCAGGCUCCAGCUGCAUAAGACCGAAUUUCUCGGAAAGGAAAUGAAAUUAUAUUUUGCCCAGACUUUGCACAUAGGAAGUUCCCACCUGGCCCCCCCAAAUCCGGACAAGCAGUUCCUGAUCUCUCCUCCUGCCUCGCCGCCGGUUGGUUGGAAACAAGUAGAAGAUGCUACUCCCGUCAUAAAUUACGAUCUGUUAUAUGCUAUCUCCAAGCUGGGGCCAGGGGAGAAGUAUGAACUGCACGCGGCGACCGACACCACCCCGAGCGUGGUGGUCCACGUCUGCGAGAGCGAUCAGGAGAACGACGACGAUGACGAGAUGGAACGAAUGAAGAGACCCAAACCAAAAAUCAUCCAGACGCGAAGGCCGGAGUACGCGCCUCUGCAUUUGAGCUGAACUGGCAACCGGGGGGCAGAAGUAUUCCGAGUCACACUGGUGGGGAGGAACCUUGUACUGUGCAGGUGGCGGCUCACGACCUGGGAGGAGGCGGCGCGGGUCGGCGGGGCAGGAACUCCAGUUCCCGUUGCUCGGAGGAGCAUCCGGGCUCCACCCCCUGGUUCUGAUGCUGCUCCCGGGCCGGUGUCCCGGCUUCCAGGAACGCCCCGGGCCCAUCACUGAGCUCGAGGUCAUCGCACAAGGACAUUGGGGCCCGUCUCGAUGAAAACUGAUAACGAUAGUGUGUCGUACUCGUUCUCUCUGGUAGGUUCUGUGUUUGUCAAGGGCAGCUUCAUCCCCGGGUGUGGGGGGAGAGCCUUGUCUUUCUGGCCAGCCUGCGGGGAGGCUCUCUCUACUGCUGGGAGGAGGCACCCCGAAGCCUCGAAGGGUCUGGUGCAGAAACGUCGUGAAAACGAGAACAAGGCAAUGUGGGAUUUGUAGUGUUUCAUUUUUCUCCCCCCUCAUGUUCUAAUGUUUGUGCAUGUAUAUUACUGAUUUUCAGAACUAACCCUUGUUCGUGUAUAGAGUUAUGCCAUUGUUGUUUUGCAUCUUCUGGGAAGACGGGAGAGCGUUUGGAAAAUCGGUCACCUUUCCAGAUUCAUGACUCUCUUUGCAACAGCACGCACACGGGGCGUCCCACUGGAUACAUCAGCCCCAGUCCUCUCUCACGCCACAUCUACCUUGCGCUUUGGCAAAAGAAGUCAAUCUGAAAUUCCUAUGUCAGGUUUCACGCUAUAAAAAAUUCAGAGAAUAGCAGUUUCACUGCCAACUUUUAGUGGGUGAGAAAUUUUAGUUUUGGUCUUUAGGGUCAGACAUUGGUUCCAUUUCUUUCUUUUACAUGGUGGUUUACACACAUGAAUCAUAGCUCCCCCCCAAAAAAAAAUAAAACCUUUUGGGGGAGCUCUUGGUUGAGAUAGUUGACUUUUUUUUUUUUAACCCCACUAAAACAUCAAGAUAAACUUGUAAAUAAAGCUGAUAACAUAUAUUCAUACCUAUUGUACACUUGGGUGAAAAAUACGGCUGUGGAAGAAUAGUGUCAGAUAUUACCCUACUUGUGACUUGUAUGUUGUAGAAAAUGCUGUUAAAUGUUGGAAAGGACUUGAAUUCAAAGCAUGCAAAGUGGCUAGUACAUGUGUGGUCGAAUGGAAGAGAUGCAGUGCCUUUCCCCAUUAAUUCCUGAUGGAAUCGUUAUACUCGGAUAGUCUGUAAUUUUUUUUUUCUAGUUGUAAUGUGUAUGUCUGGUAAAGAGGUAUUCUAUUUUGGCCUUACAAUACCAUAGCAAAAUUGGUCGUUUUGAAAUACCUAAUGCCAAGUAACAGUGCAUGCUUUGGAAAUUCGGAAGGUGGUUUCCUUUACGAAGCAAAUACAUUUGAUUGUUCCUAUCAAGAAAUUGACUGAAUGUUCUCAAACCCCUGUUUACAGUACUUGCUGAAGGGGGAGGCAGGUGAGGGAGAGACCAUCGCAUAGCUGUUCAAACGUUCCUGGUUAAGUGCUUUUAAACUGGAGAGGCUAACCUCAAAUAUUUUUUUUAACUGCAGUCUAUAAUAAAUCAACACAAUAUACUCUUUACGGA